AUGGAAAAAUCUAUCUUCAACCCUGAACUUCUUUCAGGGAAAGUUGCCUUCAUCACUGGAGGGUCUAAUGGAGGCAUGCUUCAAGACAUAGCUAAGAUCUUCUUGUUGCAUUCUGCAAAGGGGGUUGUCCUUGUUGCAAGGAAAAAGGAAAAAUUACAAAAAGUUGUAGAUCAACUCACACCAUUUGCAGCAAAAGGAAGUGAAUGUAUCGGUCUUACUGCUGAUGUUAGAGAUACUGAGAGUGUUCAUGAAGCUGUCUCACAAACACUUGAGAAAUUCGGAACAAUUGAUAUCCUUGUUAAUGGAGCUGCAGGAAACUUCUUAUGUCCAGCAGAUAUGCUCUCUCUUAAAGGGUUCAAGACUGUUCUUGAUAUCGAUUCAGGAGGUACUUUCAACGCCAGCAAAGAAGUGUUCUCUCAAGCAUUCAAGCAACAAAGAUCUGGAGUAAUUAUUAAUAUUACAGCUAAUCUGCAUUAUGGAGGAACUCCAAUGAUGAUCCAUGCUGGAUCAGCCAAAGCUGCAGUUGACGCAACAACUAAGCACCUUGCUGUUGAAUGGGGGCCUUAUGGAGUGAGAGUUAUGGGGUUAUGCCCAGGCUUUAUCGAUGGAACUGAAGGAAUGGCUAGGUUAAGUGACAUGGACUCUAUUGGAGACAAGAAAAAGGCUGCUCAAUCCAGAGAAAAAGGAGUUAAAACAGAUGACGCAAUGACUGAUUUGGUACCUCUUGGAAGAUUAGGCUCAGGCGAAGAUAUUGCUAAAGGUGCUUUAUACCUUGCAAGUGAUGCCUCUUCUUAUCUCACAGGAUCAAUCUUAAUGGUAGAUGGAGGAGCUACAUUGACCUGUCCAAAUUUUGUGAUGCAUUCUCCCAAAUUCGUUGAAAUGUAUGCUGCUCCUAGAAAAGCAAAGAUAUAA